UCCUAGCGAAAAUAAAUAAAAAAUAAAAUCCAUAAAACCCUCCCCUCCCUCCAUGGAGAAAUGGAAACGGCUAACGGCCCAAAGGAGACAUAUGCUCUAUCAAAAUUUGCCGGGAAGCAACCGCCACCGGCCGAACAGUAAUACAUCCAUCUCCGAUGCUGCGCAGCCCCAAAUACACCCCUCGCUGGCUCAUUCCUUCGACUCCACUAUUCCGACGGCUCCUUUCCGAUUUCGCCCUUCAUCAAGCUCGUAAAAGCUCCGACGAGGAGGAUGAUCCCAAGUACAGGAUCAGAAAGCAGGACCCAGAAGGCCAAUACCUGCAUCUGCACAAAAGCAAGGGCCAGCACAUCCUCACAAACCCGCGAGUCCUCGACGUCAUUGUCCGAAGGGCUGGUGUUGGACCCACCGAUACAGUCCUAGAGGUCGGACCAGGCACCGGGAACCUCACCCUGAAGCUUCUGGGAGCCGCACUCAGGGUCGUGGCAGUUGAGAUUGACAGGAGGAUGGUGGAUGUUCUCAUCAAGCGCGUGGAGGAUCGUGGUUUUGGGGAUAAGCUCACUGUUAUACAGAGAGACGCACUAAAGGCUGAAUUUCCUCCAUUCGAUGUUGUCGUGGCCAAUAUCCCAUAUGGGAUAUCAUCCCCUCUUGUGGCAAAAUUAGUGUAUGGUCCGAACCAGUUCAGGAAUGCUACACUUCUGCUCCAGAAGGAGUUUGCGAGGAGGCUGCUUGCAAACCCAGGAGACUCGGAGUAUAACCGUUUGGCUGUAAAUGUGAAACUAGUGGCUGACGUGGAGUUGGUGAUGGAUGUGAGCAAGAGGGACUUUGUCCCGGUCCCUAAGGUCGACUCUUCGGUUGUAAUUAUCAGGCCGAAGGCUGAGGUACCUGCCGUUGAUCUGAACGAAUGGUGGGCCUUCACGAGGACGUGCUUUGGCAAGAAGAACAAGACCUUGGGUGCGACUUUCAAGCAGAAGAGGAAGCUCAUGGAGAUCUUCAAGACUUCAAAAACAACAAGUUAUAGGACCGGGGAAUCAAGCUGCGGUUUCGGUGAAGAAGAGGGGGUUGAUUGUGGCGAGGAAAGUGAAGGAGAAGACUGCUGCCCCGUGUUAUCCGUCUCGGAAGGAGAGAUAGGUUUGUUCAGGGAGAAGGUUGUUUCAGUUCUGAGGUUGGACGGCUUCGAAGAUAAGAGACCUUCGAAGUUAUCGAAUGAUGAGCUGCUGCAUUUGCUCGGGCAACUAAACGGUGCUGGAAUAUAUUUUCAUGGGCGUGGACAGCUGCAUAUCACUGAAGAUGCAACCUUAGCAGCAACCUAGUAUUCUUGGUUGGCCCGAUGUAUGUCAAUAUCUUCUGGAUUUAUCUUGCUCUGUUUCCUGGAAACAGGUCAGGAUGUAAUGUCAUGCCCUUUCCUGAAAGGAAACUGAGGAAUUGAUUUAACCUAUGCCAAGCCAAUUUUAAGAUGAGCCUCGUCUGGCCCUUCUAUAGUUUGGUUUUCGCCAGUCGGUUACUUGUAUGAUGUGAUUACUCGACAAGUGAUUUCCAUAGGUUUAUGCAAUUUCCUCGAUCUAACUGGUGCCAUAUACCAGAAUAAAAUGCUCAUUUGGAUAGUGUUGUUGAUUUAUGCCCUGGUUAAGACACCCAGGUUUUUGAUAAGACCAUAUCCUCAGUCAAGUGAUGCUGAAACACAGAUAUAUUGAUCCAAUCGAUGAUAUGAGUGACUUGAAUUUUGAAGUCAAUGGCCCCAUAUUGUGAAAUUAAGCCAGCAAAACUGGCUCAUAACAUCAAUGAUCAAGUAUAGCCUCAUACUGAUAUCGGGCGUUUAUGUAGGGACUUCAUGUCAUCUGAUCGUCGCAAGAUGCAUCUUGUUGCUUGUGAUUCUAUUACUAGACCUAGGCAUAUUGGCGGAUUGGGUAUUUGACGUUUCCAGGAUUUUAAUACGGCUCUGCUUGGUAAAUUAGGAUGGGGUCUGAUUUCCGGUCCGUCCUCCCUGUGGCUCAGGUUGCUACAUAGCAAAUAUUGGGGGAGGGAGGCCGCAGACCUUACUCUGAAUACUCGACCCUCUGAUUCUUGGCUCGGGAAAAAUAUCACUCGUGCUUGGAAUGAAGUUUCUGGUGGAGUUGGCUGGAUUUUGGGGGAUUGUGGCCGUGUUCGAUUCUGGGAGGACCAAUGGAUCCUGGGACAGGAACCCCCGGAGAAGUCUGUGCAGCACAUUCCGGUGGAUUCUCGCUUUCGUACGGUCCAUACUUUUGUCUCUGCUGCUGGAGAUUGGUUAUGGGAUUAAUUUGCUCCUUUUCUCGAUAAUACGACCCUUCUAUGCAUCGCAGGUGUUCGUCCUCCAUGACCUGAUCAUGGUGCUGAAGCAAUCUUCUGGAGAUUUUCAUCUAGAGGCGACUAUUCUGUUUCAUCUGCUUACGAUAUUCUCACCGGAUUCUCCCAUCCACCGCGGAAUCCAAUUUAGAAGGUUAUUUGAGGUUGGCCAGGACCCCAACGUAUUCGGCAGAUCCUUUGGCUCGUAGCACAUGACCAGCUUCUCACUAAUUCCUUACGGGUUAAAUGUCAACUUGCUUCAUCUGCCUUUGUUCCCGAUGCAACGCAGCAAGUGAGACCGUCCGCCACGUCUUACGUGAUUGUUUUUAUGUGAAGAACACCUGGGAGACACUUCUCAGCCCUUCGUCUUGGCAGCUCUUCUUCUCGCAGCCCCUUCGGAUUUGGCUGCUUACCAAUCUGCGACUUCGUCCGUGCGCUUGUCCAGAGGAUUCUUUGGAUUGGUCUACCAUUGUUGGUGUUGGUUGUUGGCAGGCGGAAUCUGCAGAUUUUCCAGGAAGGAUUUUCUUGGCCAACUAAUGCUGCUGCUCGUUUGAUUGAAACUAGCAGGAGUAUGUCACUCCCUUGCCUCAGCCCUACUGAUUCAGGCCCGCCUCGAUCUUGGCAACUGGUACGAUGGCACAAACCACCGGAGGGUUACUUCAAAUUGAAUUCGGAUGGCGCAUCCCGUGGAAAUCCGGGUUUAGCAGGUCUUGGUGGCAUUAUUCGUGAUGAAAAGCGGUAAUUGGGUUAGUGGAUUCAUGCAGAAUAUCAAUAUUGCUUCUUCGAGGAUGGCUGAACUUCAGGGUAUUCUUACUGGACUGAGACUUGCAUGGUAUUUGGAAUGCCGGCGACUCUUUCUCGAAACGGAUUCAUUGGUGGCACGAGACCUUAUUUUGGGCCGGACGCAGCUGCUGUCCUUUGCUUAAAUUGCUGAUAUCAAGCAGAUGCUUGUUGAAGAUUGGGAGGUUUCGAUUCACCGAAGGGAAUUCAUGUGUGGAUUAGUUUGCUUGCCGUGCCGUUUCUUUUCCUUUUGGUGUUCAUGUUUUAUCUUCAGUUUCUAAUGGGUUAGGCGACAUUCUAGAGGUCAUUACUCUCCAUUUCUAUUCUCUUUAAUUUCUUGUAGGGCUUUCGCCCAAAUAUUACCAAAAAAAAAAGGAGUAUAGCCCCGAUUCCACAUUGUCA